AGACACUCUCAGACAAAACCAACAUGCCACCACUUGGUGUGGACGAACCCAACGGGGAGCCGCUGAAGGUGUUUGAAUGGAGCGAGAUCAAGAAGCACGACAAAGAGAAUGAUGCAUGGGUUGUGAAGGAUGGCGAGGUUUUUGACGUGAGCAAGUUCCUCAAAGAACAUCCUGGUGGAUCCACCAUCGUGCUUCCCCACCUGGGCACAGAUAUCACUGAAGUGUUUUCGAACGACGACGUCCAUGUCCACAGCAAGGCAGCGCAUUCAAUGAUGCAACGUUACAGAAUUGGAAUACUGUCAGGAGCCAAGAGGAAAGCAGCUCCCCAACACCAAGGGAUGAAAGCCUUGGACUUUAGUAAACCGAUUAUCAUGCAGAUCGGCCAUCUUGGCAACAAUUACAAUGAUUUCAUUCACCGUCCCCAAGUUCUGGAUGAACCAGCUCGAUUCUUUGAAUCUGACUUCCUGGAAAUUUUUUCGCGAACACCAUGGUAUGUGGUUCCUCUGGUCUGGCUACCUGUCAUCACAGGAAUGGUCUUGCUUUCCUUGAAGAUGGGACUUACACCUCUUGGCGCUGGACUGAUUUUCCUUGGAGGACUUUUCACAUGGACGCUAAUAGAAUAUGUCCUCCACCGAUUUCUGUUCCAUCUAGAUGAGUGGGUCCAAUUCAAUUACUGGGCAAUCACCCUACACUUCUUGAUUCAUGGUGUCCAUCACUUGCUCCCGAUGGACCCCAUGCGACUUGUCUUCCCUCCGAUCUUAACGUUCAUUCUGCUCCUUGGCUUCUACAACCUGUUCAGGGUAUUCCUGGACACCCCUGAGGCCGUAUCCUUCACAGCUGGGGGCUUGCUGGGAUAUGUUGGAUAUGACUUAACACACUACUAUCUCCAUCACAGUGGUACUCCCUUCCUAUCACACUUCAGCAGCAUGAAAUCAUACCAUCUCGCUCAUCACUACAAGAACCCGCUCCUUGGUUAUGGUAUCACCAGCAAGUUGUGGGAUUAUGUUUUCGAUACGAUGCUGCCGGUUGAGGACAAGCCGAAGGAGAAAUCAAGUUGAAGAGCCAAGGCCGUUCAGCAUGUAAUUUAUUUCUCUCCUACAGCUGUCUUGUAUCGAAUUUUCCCUCGAGUGGAGAAAGAAGGAGUCAUUGCAAUUCUUUCAGCUCCACGAAUGUCCAAUCCUUCAUUCGCUAUCAUCGUUGCGGUACUUGAGUUCAGCUUUCUUGUAUGCAAUCUCAGCUUUGUGCUCUGAUGCCUGCGCUCUUGAAAGCCUCCGAUUGUCUUCCCGCUCUUGAAGAUGAAGCUGAUCUUGUAACCUUCUGACAUCUACUUCUGCCCUGCUCUCUCGUGCCAUCGCAUGCUCCUUCUUCUCCUUGAGCCUCUCGAUAGCUUCUCGACGAGAAUUCGCCUCGUGGUGGAGCUUGUCUGCCUGAUCCGAAUGCUCGUGUGACGCUUUCUUCAAAAGAUGCGACUGCAACAAGUCCAACUUCGCCUUCCCCGUGUACUGAGCAGCCUUGAUCGUCAACUCUUUCUCAACCUGAGUAGCUGACUUCAAGGCGAGUCGAGCUUGUGACAGCUCCAUCUGCUUGUUCCUUGCAGAUUCU